CAUUGCUUCUGUGUGAGGGAAGGAAGGAAGUGAGCGGUGUGAGCGUCGGACGCCUCCGGCAUGGCCGCGUUCCGCGCGCUGGGCCUGGCGCCUUGGCUGACGGCGCAAGCGGAGCAGCUGGGCUUGACGAGGCCUACUCCGGUGCAAGAAGCCUGCAUUCCUCCUGCUCUCCAAGGUCGUGACUGCAUGGGCUGUGCCAAAACAGGAAGUGGGAAGACGGCUGCGUUUGUGCUACCGAUCCUGCAGAAACUCUCAGAAGAUCCCUAUGGUAUUUUUUGCCUGGUCCUGACUCCAACAAGAGAGCUGGCUUAUCAGAUAGCUGAGCAGUUCCGUGUCCUUGGGAAGCCAUUAGGCUUAAAGGAUUGCAUCAUUGUUGGUGGAAUGGACAUGGUGGCUCAGGCCCUGGAGCUUUCUCGGAAGCCUCACGUUGUCAUCGCCACCCCCGGCCGGCUAGCAGACCACCUCCGGAGUUCCAGCACCUUCAGCCUUCAAAAAAUCAAAUUCUUGGUCCUGGACGAAGCUGACCGUCUGUUGGAGCAGGGCUGCACGGACUUCACCCACGACCUGGAAGUGAUUCUGGCUGCUGUGCCAACCAACAGGCAGACUCUCCUCUUCAGCGCGACGCUGACCGACACAUUGACGGAGCUCAAGCAGAUCGCCAUGAACAAGCCCUUCUUCUGGGAGUCUCCGUCGGAAGUGCGGACGGUGGAAGAGCUCGAUCAGCGCUACCUGCUGGUGCCAGAGAAGGUCAAAGAUGCCUACCUCGUCCACCUGGUCCAAACGUACCAGGAUGAACAUGAAGACUGGUCCAUCAUCAUCUUCACCAAUACCUGCAAGAACUGCCAGGUCUUGAACAUGAUGCUGAAGAAAUUCAACUUCCCUUCGGUGGCUCUGCAUUCGAUGAUGAAGCAGAAACAACGCUUUGCAGCUCUGGCUAAGUUCAAAUCCAGCGUCUACAAGAUCCUCAUAGCCACCGAUGUGGCUGCCAGAGGACUUGACAUUCCAACGGUCCAAGUGGUCAUCAACCAUAAUACCCCGGGGCUCCCCAAAAUCUACAUCCACCGGGUAGGCCGGACUGCCCGUGCAGGUCGGCAUGGUGUUGCCAUCACUCUAGUGACACAGUACGACAUUCAUCUGGUCCAUGCGAUUGAGGAACAGAUCAAAAUGAAGCUUCAGGAGUUCUCAGUAGAGGAGCAGUCUGUGCUGAACAUCCUCACUCAAGUGAAUGUCGUGCGGCGCGAGUGUGAGAUUAGAUUAGAGGCAACAGAUUUUGAUGAGAAGAAGGAAAUCAACAAGCGAAAGCAGAUGAUCCUAGAAGGAAAGGAUCCAGACUUGGAGAAGCAGCGGAAGGCUGAACUAGCCAAGAUCAGGAAGAAAAACGGCGAGUUCCGCAGCAGAGUCCAGCAAACGUUGCAGGAGAAGAAGCAGCUGCAGCUGCGGCGGAAGCUUCAAAAGAAAAUGCGACGGAAGCAGAAGCAGCAACCGGUAGCAGCCAAGUAGCACCUUCUUUUGUUCCCUUCCGCUCCCCAACUCCAGCAGCCUGGCGUGAGAGGCAAGAGAUCGGGAUGGCUGCCACCGUUUCUGAUUUGAUGCUUGGGAGGGGAGGUAUCCCCUCCCCCCCCUUUUCUCCAGCCAGGUAUGACAGUCCCAUGGAAUCCACUGCAAUGUGGUCACAGCUGGAAGUCUUUCCGUGGAUGUGUUGGGAUUGGGAGUCCUCAAGAGAACUUUCAGCUGAUGGACCUAGAGGGGCCCUGGAAUCCCUAGGAAUGGGAAAAGGGAUUUGGAAAUGGAAAAGGCCUCUCUUCAGAUGCUGCCGGGUAGCUCUGAGGCUGGACAGCCUUCUUUCUGCUCCCCAGUCCUACCGGCUUCCUUUGGCUGGGAGCCACGCCGAGAACCAGGGCUUGGUUUGUGUCGCUUAGGCCCUCCGAUGUCUUGUUUCAUAUUGCUUCUUCCAUUCCAAGACUGCCUUAACUUUUCCCCUCCGUUCCCCAAUGGAAUUUCCCCUACCCCAUUCAUAUUGCCUGAGUUGAGAGUUCGUUGAAGCUGGGUUGGGGCCAGGCCAGAGGCCUAGCAGCCCUGAGAACAGCAGCUUCUGGCCACACUUCCUGGGAGGAAACUGGUUGUCCUCCAUAAAAUCUGAUCAGUGUUAAAAAAGGGGAGGGGGAUCCUCACCUUCUCAGGGCUCAUUCCGUGUAGGCCUGUACACAAAAUAUGUGGGUUUAUUCCCCUCCACCUCGGUCUCCCUCUACCAAGUUCUGUGCCAGGAAGCUUUAACUUAAUUCCACCGUUCUCAGGCCUAUCUGCUGCUUAAAGACUGGACUAGUAAAGAUCAUUGUGAAUACUGGAUAUUUGCCUGCAGAGGGGGUUGCACACUGUUCCUGUGCUUGCCUUGCUGAUUUCCAGCCGUCCUCCUUUGGGUGGUUGUAGGGCAUCUGCUCUGAGUGGGAUUGGGUUGUUCAGUCCCUCCCGGUGCACCAAAUUUACCUGUCCUUAGAAGAGGCAGAGGAGGCACCAAUGUGCACUUGGUGAAAAGCCAGCCAUUCUUCUUGCUUGAAAGAAGUGUGAAGCUAGGAGGUAUCAGAUGGAAAACUGAGGGCUGGACACGAAUCACAAGAACUUCAGGAUUGUAGUUUGUGUACUGGAUAUGUGGUUUUUACUAAAAUAAAAAGGGGAUCUACUCCUGGUCCUGUGAUAAUGGAAUUGAAAGUAUUGUGGAUAUAGGCCGCCCGUCCAUCACUUCUGACAUUUUUGGUGAGGUCUGAGGCUUGUUCCCCCCCCUAAUGCUCGGACUUAGUAAGGGACCUGGUGGCAGCUACUGAUUUGGGGGUUCGACGG